UUUAAAAUAAAAAUAGAAAAAAGAGAGGUACAAGAAAUUAUUAACACACAAAUGCAUGGAUUUUUGUUCAAAAAUCUGUUUUCUUCCCUCAUCUGAAUCCAAUUUCUGGUGAUUCCAAAGAAAAGAGCGAUAGAAUAUUCACACCAAAAAAAAAAAAAAAAGAAGAAGAAAUGUCGACUGGGUGUUGUUGUUGUAGUAGUCCAGUAGUUUCCAUUUCAUCAUCAAGGAAAUUAAGCACCAAGAAUCUCGAUUUUGCAGCAAGGACCCAAAUCAGGGCUGUUGGAUUGGGAAAUUAUGUCUCGGGGAGAAGGUGGAUUAGACCUUGUGUUGUUGUGAAAGCUUCAGCUGUGGAUUCUUAUGAGAGCUCUUCCAACUUCAUUAAUCGCAUGGAACGGGCGUGGUUGAUCUCUCAGCAACCAAGGCCAGUGGCUUGUGCUUCUUGUGACUCGAAUGGGCAUGUUGACUGCCCAUGGUGCAAUGGUACUGGUUUUUUCAUUCUUGGUGAUAACAUGUUGUGUCAAGUACCAUCAAAAAAUACAACUUGUAUUAUUUGUGCUGGAAAGGUAACCAACUGAUUUUAGGCUCUGUUUUAUCCAAGCUUUCAAUAGUUCUUGAGUUGUAGUUCCCAGCCAUUUUGUUAGAUUCGGCAUUAAUGUGGUUGCUUCUCCUGUUUUAGGGUUCUAUGUGCUGCUCCGACUGUAAAGGAACAGGAUUUCGCGCAAAGUGGUUGGGGGAGCCUCCCAUUCCGAAGUAGACUAGCGGGGUCGCAUUGUGAUCUGCUCAGCAGUUGCCGAGAUUUCUGCAAUAUUAGGACGUUGAUUUAUAUACUUGGGUCAAAAUUGGUUUACUGCAGUGCAAAAGAGCCUGUGGAUUAGUUUUUAUUUGUUUGGCGGUAGUAGGAGACUGGAAGAUUUUUUAUUGUUUGUAAAUCUGAAGACCACAGCUUAACACACACUUCUAUAUACUUACAGUGUACAACAUAUCAUCAAAAGUUCCAUGUACCAAAAUGGAUGUUAUUGAUCGUUUUCAAUGUACUGGAAGUAGUUUGCAACCAUGUGAGGUAAGGCUUCUCUCCCUAAUAUUGUCAAACACAUUACUCUUGUUUUUUUUUUUUUUUUUUU